AUGAAGUAUGAACUGUACGAUAUCCUUCAACGCCUACCCAUCGAAACUCCCCUUGUGUUAUGUCAUACAAUCUAUAAUAAUUAAUAAUUAUCAAAAUAAAAUUAGUAGCCAGCCAUACUGCCGUUUCAUUUAACUUAGUAUGGUUGUUUGUUUAAUUCGGCCUCGGUUACAUACUGUUUUAUUUUUAUUUUUAAUCGAUAUAUUUUUAAUUUGUAGUUUGUUUGUCUUAUGGAUUUAACAAUAUUGCAAGUGUCGUGAUGAUGUCGUGUUGCUAAGUUAUAUGACUAUAAUGUAUUGUUUUUUUAUGAAUCCUACCUCCUACUGGUAAAUGAACGCAUAUUCUUAAGUUUAUCUACUUAGACAGUCUCGCUACCUACGUUUUUUACAUUCUUGAAGACAAUCUUUUUUCUAAGAAUGGAACAGAUGGAUAAUACGGAAGAGCUUCCUUAUGAUAAUGAAGUAGUUGAGUUGCAGCCAUGUAAAAUUUGUUUACGUACGUUUCGUCCAAAUUUAUUGCCCCGUCAUACUGCAGUAUGUGAAAAAAAUGCAAAGAAACGUAAAGUCCCUUUCGAUUCAUCUAGACAACGCAGAGAAGGUACAGACAUGGCUUCAUAUUUGCCACGUGUUAACAAGAGUCAUGGUCAUGAUGAAGUCAAAGAAAAACCAAAAAAAAAUUGGAGAGCUAAACAUGAAGAACUUUUGAGAGCUGUGAAAGCUGCUAGAAAUGUUCAAAAUGAGGAUAGUGUACCAUUAUCCAUCAAACCAGCUGAUAGUCAAUCAUGUCCACACUGUACUCGUAACUUUGGACCUAAGUCUUAUGAUAGACAUGUACAAUUUUGCAAAGAAAAGUCACAAAGAAUAUCUACUACUCCUAUUACAAGCACAGUAGCUAAAGAACGACUUGAAGCUAGAAUAAAAUAUCGUGCACCACUAUUGAGAUCACAGCGCACUGCUACUAAAGAGAAAUACUCUCCAAAAACGAAAAAGACUCCUCCAGAUGUUGCAAGUGCUCCUAUAAAAGUUUAUCAACCAAUAAAAGUAGUUAGAUCUACUCGGCCUAUUAGAACUACUCAACCUGUUAAUAAAGUUACUGCUAUUACCACACAAAUGAGACAAUCCUCAUCAGUCAAACAGAAAAAAGAACCAUUAAAACAUUUGAAUGGGAAUAAAAGUGCAAAACAUUUACCAAAAAAGCCAAGUUCUAAAGAAGACACUUUAAUGAAAAAAUCUGAAUCAGCAAAUACUCUAGGGUCUCAAAACCAAGUUAAAAAUAAUAAUUGUGAAAACAUUGAAACCAAUAACAGGAAAUCACUGUCAAAAUCUGAUCCUCAUUUGGAUAACUAUGAUCCAUUCAAAUCGGCUGAACAGCAAAUGAGGGAGCUCGAACUCGACAUAGUAGACAUAGGUCUAAUAAACCCAAUGAUUUCAAAAUCCAAUGAUAAUAUAGAAAAUCUGCAAUUAUCUCCUUCUUCGGCAUUUGUCAAAUAUUCACCAGUCCAUUCUUUACCAUCUCCAAACAAUAACGAAAGUACAUUCCCAGAGCAGUAUCUCUCUAAUUCCAAUCUUAACCGCCAUCCUUUGCAUAGUCUUAGUAAUUUAAGUUUAUGCUCAAUAGUAAGUCUUGAGUCAGCUGAUUUUAAUAAUAAAACUCAUAGUGCUGUUGUAAGGGGAACAGAUUUUAUAAAAAGUCCAUUAAAAAGAAGUGUUUCUCACAAUCCUAAAAAACACAUUGGUAUUGAGAAUAUGCUGUAUGGCGACAAUACUGACAACAAAGAUCCAUCUGAACUCAAAUUUGAUUUAGCAGAACAAGAACUUCUAAAAUCUGUGUCCGAGUUCGAGAAUUUGCUAAAACUGACUGAUGAUGACGAUAUAAUAUCUCCAUCAUUAAACCGAAAUUCAGCAUUAAGUAUGAUCAAUGGGGUGAAUUCUAAUAGCAGCGUGGAUUCUGCUUAUGGAAGUUUAAAUAGAAAAGUAGAAGAAAAAAGAAACUUAGAGAGCUCUUCAAUGUUACCAAAGUAUACCAAAUUUUGCCACGAAUGCGGUUCAAAAUACCCAAUUGUUAUGGCUAAGUUUUGUUCUGAAUGUGGUGUGCGACGCAUUUUUUUGUGAAUACAUCUUAUAAAUCAUAAUCUCUUAAAGUAUAAUAAUUUCUGUUAGAAAACAGUUUACAUAUGUUUUUAAGGUAUUAACAAUUCUGUAUUGUAUGAGAACACUUAAUUAAUUGUUUAUUUUUUUUUUAAAUAUUUUAUUGAUUAUUUAACAAUAAUUUAAAUUAUUGUUUAGUAUUUUGUAUUAAUGUUGCUUAACUGCUAAGACUGAUUUUAAAGUAAUGAAAUUUUACUUUUUGUUAUUUACCUUGUUAAUAUUUUUUUAUUUAUUAACUAGAGAAACUAAAGAACUUGCUAACUAUAUUUUUGCUUAAGCAGCACAUGGUUUUAAAUUUUAUAUUUAUCAAUAUCACCUACACGUACAAGCUUCAUUUAAUAAAAAAAAUUAUAUGCGAUAUAUUUAUAUG